GGUCAACAAAUCGCGCCACACACACACACACGGUGCACACACACGACACCCGAGCACACAGAACACUGCUGCUGGCAAACUGCAACAAGCCGCACCAAACGGCAACAAACCGCGGCGUUGCGUUCCAGGUGCGAUCUUGGAGCAGAGCCUUGGGGGUGCAGGCCCGCAACCCAGGCAUCGCUCGGGUCUCCCGCCCUCAGCGACGAUCUGCGAUCCGCAUUCCGCAUCUACCGCAGUCUCCCGAGACUGUAGACACCAAGGCAUACGCCGCGCUGCAGCUUCUCUCGUGUGUGUCUGCCGCAAGCCCCAAGUGCAUUUGCUCUUUCUCUGGUCCCAAGUCCACCAACCAACCAACCAGCCAGCCAGCCAACCGUCGCUCGGGCCUGUUUCCAGGCUUCGUUUCGCCCUCCAGACCUCCUCCUCUCUUUCCUCUGGGUACUGCCGCUGUGAUCCGUUCUCUUCCAGCCCCGCGAUUCGCCCGCUAUGCCUGAGCAGCAUGCAGCCGCAGCAAGCUCGUCCUCAAAGGAAUCGAUGGCGCGGGUGCUCGGGUCCAUCGCUGGUGGGCUCCUGGAGCUGCUCCUGUUCCAUCCCGUCGAUACCAUCGCCAAGCGCCUGAUGGCCAGCAACCAGACCUACUCGGGCCUCAAGAACGCUUCGCUGCAGGACAAGCUUAAUCUCUUGGACUCGGUCAUGUUCCACGAGUCGGCCGGAAAGGCGUGGUCGGCUCGCUACAAGUCGCUCUAUCCCGGCCUGGGCUUCGCCAUGUUCUACAAGGUCACCCAGCGCUGCUACCAGUUUGCCGGGCAGCCGCUCGUCCGGAACUGGCUCGACCGGAAAUACAAGAGAAACUUUGACGAAGCUUUUGGCAAGCGCUCGCUCAUUGCACAGCACGCUGUCGCAGGCGCAAUCACAGGAACUGGAGAAGUGAUGUUGCUCCCCCUGGAUGCUGUCAAGGUCAAGCGCCAAACCGACCGCGGCAAGUCCUCGCUGCCGGGGCUCGGCUCCUUGCACCAACUCUAUCGCGGCUCAUUCUGGGCGAUCAUGCGCAAUGCCACCGGAGCAUCCUCGCUCUUUGGAUUCGCCGCUCUUGGCAAGGAACUGUUCUUUGGGCUGUCAGACUAUCGCCAGGCAACGCUCUAUCAGAACUUUGUGUCGUCUCUGGUGGCUUCGGUCCUCUCCAUCACCAUCGUUUCGCCCUUUGAUGUCGUCAAGACACGCAUCCAAGCGGCGCCUCUCGAUCGCCCGCAAACAGGCCGUGCGAUUUUGCAUCACAUUGUUGUCAAGGAGGGGUUUUGGGCGUUCUUCCGAGGACUGACGCCCAAGCUGAUCGUUGCCGCACCCAAGAUCACAUUCACCUUCACUGUCGCCCAGACCAUCUAUCCGUCCAUCCUCCAGUGGCUUGAGAAACAGUAGCCAGCCCACCCAUCUUCCCAGCUCGAGCACCGGCUCCGGCACCCGCGCGGCACCGAUGGACACUCGACGUCCUCGACGUCCUCGUCCGUACCGCCGGCGAUCUGCAUGCACGAUCUCCUCAGGGCUGUUUGAUAGGGCUCUUUCCCUCUCAUCCACAGGGCCAUCACACCAACCCUCUUCCCUUCUCGCUCACUUCUCCUCACCCACCCACUGAUAGAUCUUGGCACGACCAUGCGACUGAAGCAAUGGUCGCAGUCCCAGACACACCCCGAUUCUCCGCAUAGAUUGCCCGCACACUUUCGUCGGCACCCGGC